AGGGAAGAGGAGAUGGAGGAAAGGGGAAUGGGGACGGAGUCGGAGCUGGUCUCGAUCCCGGCGACCCCGCAUGGGGUGUCGACGCCGGAGACGAUGAGUCCGUCUGGCCAGCGGUCGCCGCGGCGGCAUGGGGCUGGCGGCAGCGUGGCGGCCGGAUCCUACUCAGCCAAGUCAUGGACGCCGACACCGGCGAUGAUCUCACCGCGGUUCCUUAGCCCGUCGAUAUCGUCGGCGGUCGGGACUCCGAUGAAGCGCGUGCUGGUGAACCUGCGAGGCUACUUGGAGGAGGUGGGCCACCUGACGAAGCUAAACCCCCAGGACGCGUGGCUCCCCAUCACCGAGUCCCGCAACGGGAACGCCCACUACGCCGCCUUCCACAACCUCAAUGCCGGCAUCGGAUUCCAGGCCCUCCUCCUCCCCGUUGCCUUCGCCUUACUCGGAUGGAGUUGGGGCAUAAUAGUUCUUACUAUAGCUUACUUUUGGCAACUUUACACUCUUUGGAUUCUCGUUAAGUUACAUGAAGCGGUGCCUGGCAGAAGAUAUAACAGAUAUGUGGAACUUGCACAAGCUGCUUUUGGAGAAAAAUUAGGUGUUUGGCUUACGUUAUUUCCAACGGUAUACUUAUCAGCAGGAACUGCAACAGCUCUGAUUUUAAUUGGAGGCGAAACCAUGAAACUCUUUUUCCAGAUAGUCUGCGGGACUCUUUGCUCAUCAAAUUCACUUUCAACUGUUGAGUGGUAUCUUGUAUUCACAAUCUUGUGUAUUGUCCUAUCUCAGCUCCCAAACCUCAACUCCAUUGCUGGUCUCUCACUUGUUGGAGCUGUAACAGCAAUUACAUACACUACGAUGGCUUGGGUACUGUCUGUUAACCAAGAAAGGCCCCCUUCCAUCUCCUAUCAGCCACUGCCCUCAUCUUCCUUUGGUUCAGCUGCUUUUUUGAUCUUGAAUGCUUUUGGAAUAAUAGCAUUUGCAUUCAGGGGACACAAUCUUGCUUUAGAAAUCCAGGCAACAAUGCCAUCAACUUUCAAACAUCCUGCACAUGUUCCAAUGUGGAGGGGAGCCAAGGUCGCCUAUCUUCUAAUAGCAAUGUGUUUAUUCCCUAUUGCCAUUGGAGGCUUCUGGGCUUAUGGUAACCUAAUGCCUCGAGGAGGAAUACUAAAUGCCCUUUAUUUAUUUCACAGCCAUGAUAUCCCAAGAGGGCUUCUAGCAACAACAUUCCUCUUGGUUGUGUUUAACCGCCUCAGCAGUUUUCAGAUAUACUCCAUGCCUGUUUUUGACAGCUUUGAAGCAGGUUAUACAAGCCGAACAAAUCGACCCUGCUCGAUUUGGGUUCGAUCUGGCUUCCGAGUAUUUUAUGUCUUCAUCUCGUUCUUCAUUGGAGUAGCACUUCCUUUCCUGUCUAGUCUUGCUGGCCUCUUGGGUGGCCUCACUCUCCCGGUCACCUUCGCUUACCCCUGUUUCAUGUGGAUCCGGAUAAAGAAGCCUCAGAGAUUUAGCUUCAGCUGGUAUCUUAAUUGGAGCCUCGGCCUCUUGGGCAUAGCUUUCAGCGUAUGCUUCUCUAUAGGCGGUGUUUGGAGCAUGGUAAACAGUCGCCUCAAGCUCAAGUUCUUUAAGCCUAAUUAAGCUCCUAAAGAUUUUGAUAUGCAAGUUCGAAUUCUGUUCGUUUGAAGGACAUGAAGUUAAGCAUAUAAUUACUCCGUGAUGAAUUAAUCCAGAUGGGAUAGCUUCCAGUUA